ACACUACAACGCGGAGGCCCUCGGGUUCAUUGAAAUCCCGUAGUUCCCUCGAACGGACUUAUAUUUAGGUUUGAAUAAUGGAUGGCUACUGAGUAGAGGGCACUUUCAAUGUGUGUAAACCUUAUUGAGAGGUUUCACUCUGUAAUCAAUGGCUAUAUACCCUCCCCCUCUCCCUGUCUGGUUCAGUUGUGCAGUGAGAUGACAGGGGAACUGUGCAGGAUGGUGGUGACGGGCGGGAGGAGUGGGGUGGAGGAGGGCCAGGCCAGAGAGCUGGACCAGACGCUGUUCCUGGUCCUGGAGCUGAGUCCUCUGGUGGACGAGCUGGUGGGGGAGCUCCCAGCCCCUCUCCUCUGGCCGGACUGCAGGGAGGCUGGCGAGAGACUGGCCCACUCCAUCAACAGACUCCUUCACAAUAUCAGUCAGUUUCAUUUCUGUGAGGACUCUGAGAAGUGGCCGGCUCUACGGCAGACCUACUUCUCCUUUCUCACUUCCCUCGCUUGCAAGAUCUCUGCCUGCAAGGCCAGUUCUCCAGCCUCCCCUCGUGACUCCCUCCCCACUCCACAUGACUCCAUGCCUACACCACAUGACUCCCUCCCCACUCCACAUGACUCCCAGAUGACUCCAUGCCUUCACCACAUGACUCCCUGCCAAGCACAGCAUCCACGUGACUCCGACUCCCAGCCUUUUCCACACAACUGCUGA